AUCUUUAUUUACUGUAGUAACGUGUAUCAGUAUUAUCUAUAGUAAUGAGUAUCAGUGUUAUCUAUAGUAACGUGUAUCUUUAUUUACUGUAGUAAUGUGUAUCAGUAUUAUCUGUAUUUAGGAAUGUCUUUAUUUACUGUAGUAUCAGUAUUUCCUGUAGUAACGCCGUUGGGAGGCGCGUCUAUAGCAACCGAUUUGCAGACACGAGCACAAAGCGAUGCAUCUGUACUUUUGUUAGCUGUAGCACCGGUUAUUCUGGACCUGUGUACACUAAUGUACUAAGGAGUUAUUAAACUGAAGUGUUUGCUUGCAGAUUUUUGUCAUGCUUCAAAUCCCAAUGUCAGAAUAUGAGCGCAAACAUCUGUCGACACUUUCGAGACUUUCUGACGACGAUAUCUAUCAUAUUUGGUCGCUCGUGUCGUGUUUUAUUAAGCAACAGAUGUUCAUGCGAAAGGGGGUUUAUAUCUUCGGUUUAGGGACUUUCACGUUCUGCCAGCAGAAACUCAACUUCGGGAACAAACAUAUUCUCAUACAGAGACCUGUUUUCAUCCUGGCAGAGAAACUCUCUCAUUAUUAUGGAUUUAAACAGAUCAAACCACAGGCUACAGACGUGCCGGUGGGGCCGCUCAACUUCUCGGCCCUGAGCGCCGAGGGCCCGUUCCAGCGAGACGCAGUGGAGAGAUGCGUGCGAGAAACCCUUCACCUGCUGCUCCGCGCCGCAGCCACUCGACCGUCUGUCUCGCACGCUUUCCCUGGGAUCGGAGUCCUGACUUUCCGACAAAGCCGAGUCAAGAUGCUGUUCUGCCGUGACUUCAUCUCAGCCUUAGACGGCACUGGGAAACUUUCCUCAGCUUCAGCCAGCAGACCGGAGUCGAGGAACUCUAGAGAAUCUGAGCGACGCUGCAAUGUGCCGCGACCUGCGACCUUCAGCGGCGCCACGCUUCCCAGAAUAUCAGCAGGAGAAGCUCUGAGAAAACAGCUGCAGACUGAUGAAGAUGAUGAUGAUGGUGGAUGGGGUUUGUCAUGAGGAGAUCUGGGCUCACGCUGACAGUUUGAGGAAAUAUGGUAGCUCUGUACUGUUCUGUGUUAGACUCACUCUCAUCUCAUUAUAUCUGCAACAGAGAAGCGUCAGCCAGCGGACAGAGCGACUGCGACUGACCUCACAGACGGGAUGGAGGACAAACGUCCAGCAAAUGCUGACAGAGGCGUCUCUCUCAGCAUCGCGACAGUAAAGAGCAGCGCUGCAGAUGCGAGUCUGGACCGAGCGUGCCGUGACCACAGACGGGCCGGACAGGAGCUGUGUUACGUCUGCAUGCAGCGAGCGCAGAGAACCCUUCCUUUAUACCAGUCUGAUGAGAGCAGAGCUGAGCGCGAGCAAGAACGAGUGUUAAUGCUUCAAGAACAUCAGAAAGACCUAAAGUAUUUCCAGAGAGAAGAGAUGGACAGACAGAAGAAGCGGGAGGACAGUCAGAAGCUGGCUGCGUUUAAUCUGGCCGCUGCAGAAGCUCAGAGACGCAGGAAAGCGCAGGCAUACAGCCAAUCAGACGGCUCGUACAUCUUCGUGGGUCGAGCCUGCAGCGCAGACCAUCUGCCGCAGCAGAGAUGCUACAUGCAGGAGUCAGCCAGACGCAGCCAGAUGCAGACGGAGCUGAUGCAGACGGAGCUGAUGCAGGAGGCAGACAGACGCAGACAGACGCAGACGGACAGACUGCAUCUGCUGCAGCUCUCUGAAGAGAUUGCAUUAGAAAAAUCUCAGCAGCUUCAUGAGAAACACGAGACGGCCAAGAAGUACCGAAAGGCACUUGAAGCACAAACGGAUCGCCGCUGUUCAGAAAUCUCUCCGCGUUUCGACGCGCGGCCCAUGUUUGGACUGAUGGACUCCAGUCCGGCGGCUUUAGCGGAGCAGAGACGGAGAGCGCAGAACAUCUCUGAAGAGCUGAUGAAUACAGCCAACCAGAGGAGGAGAGAAACGCUGGAGAAACGCUUGAACGAGCAGAAGAGAGAAAGAGAAAUGAUGCAGAGAGACCUCAAAGAAAUGUUAGACGAGCGAAUCCGUCGUUACGAGAAGCUGUGUCUCCUGCGGGCCGCGUGCGAGGAGAACUGGCACCGCAGCGCUGACCUCAAACACCAGCGAGACCGAGAGGGACUCAACAGCAGGAGGUUCGGUGGUCAAACUCUGACAGAACAACUGGGAAAAUAUGAGCGAUGUAGUCAAUGCAAACGCAGCACCGCCAACCGCGGCGAGAGCAACGUCUUCAGAGACACGAGUUAUGUGACUGGAGCUCGACUGAUGCUGUAGACCUCGGAUUUCAACCCAGAUAAUAAAGAUGAGCAAAAUAAGUGUAUGCUUCCUCAUCCACAUUUACAGCAAACUGAGAGCAUCUGCUGUGUUCAUUUGGCAUCGUUUACACAGAGAUGAAUCACAUUGUGUUUAUUCUUCAGCACUGAUCUCAUCACAGCUGCAUUUCAACAUCAGCGAAGAUGAAGAAUGUGACGCGAAUGUGCAGAUGCAGAUUUUGUUCUUAUUUGAUAUGUUUUGAGCAGAACUUUAAAUGCGCCUUCAGCCGUAGAACAUGAUAUUGAGAUAUUUUGAUAUUCAUAGAUCCACAAACGCUUUGUUCUCUGUUUGCAGAAUUUUCUCAGAAAAUUAAUUCUUUGGAAAGAGAUGAAAGUUUUCUGCAUGUGAUUCAUCAGUAUAAAAGACGUGGUGGAGAAUGUGCCAUGAUGCUCCAUUAGUUCAUAUUUAACAACAUAUAAUGUUCUUGCAUCAUGACCAGUGCACACCUUAGAUGCGAUUCAGUGUUUAACGUUGAUGCUGUGAGCUUUC